AUUACGUGUGGCCGUGUGCGAUUGUCGUUUCGUCGUCUUAAUCGUCAGCUCRCGCAACGUUUGUUUAGCUUAAUCAAGUGGAUGUUUUUUUUCUGUUCACCUUUGUCCGCGGUGUUUUAACAGUAUUUUUGUAUUUUAAUAUUAAUUUUUAAACCGUGUACGAAAAAUAGGAUUCGACGUCUGGCCGUGCGUGAGUACAAUAUUAAUAACAUAAUUAACGCUAUCGAACAGAAGUGAAGUGCACGUAUACCGUUGUCGUUUUUUUAAAAUCUCAAACUGUUCGUCGUGGUAAAUCAUUUCGUCUCACUUUCGCGCGCGUUUCGAUGCGCGUGGCGGCGGUGGCGGUGAUCGGUCGACCGGGAGUUACUCGUGCAGCCGGCGUCGUGACGACGUCGGUGCCGUCACAACCGUCGUCCAGCGGCCACGCUCGGGCGACGGGCCACGCCGCGUGAUGGCCCGUCGGUGGCAGCUGUGGCUGGUGGCCACGGUGCUGGCGGUCGCCGGCGCUACUCCGAUCCGGGCCGACGCUUGCCCAGACGCAUGCCAGUGCAAGUGGAAAGGUGGCAAGCAGAGUGUCGAAUGCCGCGACAAGUCGCUGAUCACGGUCCCGACGGGCAUUGAUACUGCAACGCAGGUGUUGGACGUGUCCGGCAACAACCUGCAAAUACUUCCGGGAAGCGCGUUUGCCCGUCUUGGGCUGCUCAACCUGCAACGCGUAUACAUGUCCCGGUGCCGGAUAGGGCAGAUCGACAGCCGAGCGCUCCGGGGUUUGACCAAYGYAGUGGAGAUCGAUCUUUCYCGGAACAUGCUGACCGCGGUUCCAACUUCCACGUUGGCCGACGUUCCGCUUCUCCGAGACCUGUCGCUAGCCGGAAACCCUAUACAGCGCGUAGGGCCGGAAGCGUUCCAGAAGUGUACCGGACUCGUCCGGUUGGACCUGUCUGGUUGUGAGCUGCACGAGAUCGCAGCAAGUGCGUUCGUGGGCAUCGACCGGUUGGAGACGCUCAAGUUGAACAACAACCGGUUGACUGAGCUGAUGGCCGGCACUGUGGCCACGCUCCACAAGGUGCACGGCGUUGAGCUCCACGAGAACCCGUGGCACUGUGAUUGUCGCAUGCGGCCGGUCAAGGUUUGGCUGACUGAUAACAAUGUGCCGACGGCCGUUGACCCGGCGUGCGCUACCGGCCCGGGCCGCGUGGCCAACCGAACGUUCUCUGCGCUGGCCGCUGACGAUUUUGCGUGUCAGCCCGACAUCUUGCGGCAAGACGACCAAACCGUUCAGGCGGCCACCGGUGACAACGCGUCCGUCUCGUGUCGCGUUCAAUCGUCACCGGCCGCCAAAGUGUCAUGGUACUGGAACGGCCGGCCUCUCGCAAACAACACGGCGUUUGGACCGUUCCAACGGGUGUUCAUGACCGACGACCAGACGACCACCAGCGGAGGUACCGGCCACAGUUCGCUGUUGCUCACUAACGUUCAGCCAUCUGACUCGGGACAGUUCCUGUGCGUGGCCGAAAACCGGGCCGGUCGAGCUGAGGCUAACUUUACGCUGGUUGUCAGUCGUCUCGGUGGUCUCGCGUUCCUGGCCAACGGUCAGGUGGCCGGCCUUAGCGUGUUUCUGGUGUUUCUCAUCGUCACCAUACUGCUGGUAAUUGUUUACCUACUAGUCCGAAUCAAGCGGCUGCCGCCCUCGUCCACCAGGUCUGACGGCAAACCGCACCAUCUGGUUACCACCGCAACGUCGGCGAUCAGUAACGGUACGGCUGCCGUAGUUGUGCAGGUCAAGCAGCCUGCGUCUGGCCCUGCCACAGGCCCGGCCACUACCACGGUCGUGUCGUCCWUGGCGGUUGGUGGGUCGUACGGGGGACUCAGCACUGCGUUUGACCACGCGACGGCCGCGGAUCCCAUGGUCGGCGGGAUCAGGAGACCCGCGAAGCUCUCGGAACUGUCGUUUGCCACCGACCACUACGGGGCAACUGGUUUCGGCCACAGCAGCGUGCUGGACCCCGGCCGGACUGUGCUAUAUCAGAGCCAGCCGUCCAAUCCAGACCUGAUAGUGGACGCGUCCGAACAGCAAUCACCUCAGUCUCAGCCACCGGACGCCGUACACUCUCAGCACCAUCAGGAGGCCAGGAGGUCGGCGAGUGGUGAGUACAGGAGGACGGCUGACGAUUCGCUCUACUCACCCGGUUUUUGGGCAUCGUCAGACGCGACGGCCAAUGACCGAACGCCGAUCAUAGAGAAGUCACCGCCGCUGCCCGCACAAUUGGCGGCGGCCACCUUCAACGCCAGAGAAACGGUGAUGGUGGCAGCGCCGCCGGAUCCGAAGGCUGCUAGUCUCAGGGUGUGGAAACACGGGGUCCAGGUGAUGCCACCGCUGAGUGCGCUCAAACGGGCACUGAACAAAGGGUCACCGGACGAAGGAUACCAGGAAGGAUGCGGAACCGAUGUUUGAUCUCGACCGACGCUCUUAAGUUUAUAGAUCUAUGAGAUCUACCAGAGUAAAACCAAGUGACUUAGGUCCACGUAAGAUCACCAAUGCCGUAGACCACUCAUGUGAACCGACCGUCCAACCACCCAACCACAAUAAGAUAACUACCUACCUAUAACUUCUACAUUCGUAUAAUCUCGAGCAUGAAGAUUUUUACUGUUAUUUUUUUUUACAUAGUAUAAUAUUACAUAUUAACUUUUUUUUUUUUUUUUAAUUUUUUUUUUAUUUAAACCAACGGUACGAAAACCACGCGACCGGUCGCAAAGUUUCCGCCAGUGCAGAGGGAACUGAACUUGUAUCCCCUUAUAAGCCCUAAAUGUUCUCGGUGAGCGUACCUAGGUAUAUUAUAUUAUAUAGGUAUAAUAAUAUUAUAUAUUAUUAUAACACAAUACCGACAUGUAAUCAAAUUAUGUUGCUAUAUAUUAUAAUAUACUUAGGUAUUAUUAUACUUGUUCGUUUGAUUAUAAUAUUAUAAUACCAGGUAUAA